AUGCAACAUGCCAUUAUUGAUUUCGAAAACUCAACAGAACAAGGCGAUAUGGUCCUCUUUUAUUUUGCUGGACAUGGAAUACAAUGGGAAAAUCAAAAUUAUUUGAUACCAAAAGACAUUCCAACUUUGAAUGGCGCAGCUUUAAACACGAGAGCAAUCAAUGCACAAGAUAUUCUUAACAAUUUAAGUGAUCGCAAUCCAUAUGUAACAAUAUUCCUUUUGGAUUGUUGUAGAAACUAUCACUUGCGUAAUCCUGAGGUAGACGCACGUGGUCCGAAUGUAAGCAGUUCAAAAUCAGUAGGCCUCAAAGCCAUGCACAAGGCUGGUUCAUUGAUUGCAUUUGCUUGUGCACCGGGAACUAUUGCCAUUGAAGGAAAAGGACAGCGAAAUGGUUUAUUCACAAAGCAUCUUUUAAAACACAUUAAAACUGCGAAUGAAGACAUCCAAAUGAUAUUACGUGAUGUUACCGAUGGAGUCAUAGAAGAGUCAAAAUCAGAACAAAUUCCAUUUGUGAGUGCUUCAUUAUCAAAGAAGGAUAUAUAUUUAUGUAGUGAACAAAGAAAUCAACCACCUAAACCAGGUAAUACGCUAGUAAACUCUAUCGCUCUUGUUUAAGGUGAAUAAAAAUAGUGUCAUAACAAUUUUAUAAGUGAACUAUCUUUGUUUCUAAGCAUGUAGAAAACGGUCAAUAAGAGACCGUUAACAUUUGAUUUAUUUCUCGACAGAAAUUAGGUAAAAUGUAAUAAAUAACGCCAUCAAAAUAAACAGAUAAAUCGUAUUCAUCUACCGUCUCAAUUUUGACAAUGCAUAUAAUUUUGUUAGCAAGAUUUGACUAAUUCCUACUUAAGAAGUUAUAGACAUCGCUCAAGAAAACAAGGGAUAGACCACACGUGUUACUUUGAGCACGAUAGAAAGAGAAAAAUUUAUGAGUCUUGUGUUUAUCCAUCCACAUUCACAUUCUCAAAAUAGUUAUUGGUAACUGGUGCGGGUGUAGGUGAAUGACUGGAUGAGAGAAGAUCUUCACUUACACUAGAAAAUAAAAGGAUGUGGGCGGGAAUGACCAUUUUUUGUCCCAAACCUUUUUUAACUUUCAAUACUCUGAAAUGUAUCAAGGAGUUAUUGGAAGUAUUUCAUGCUACUUAGUCUUGCAUCUUUUCUUA